GAGAGAGAGAGAGAGAGAGAGAGAGAGAGAGAGAGAGUUGUGCACGCUUUGCUCUCUUCUCUCCUCAUCUCAAUGUUUCCGUCUCUUCCCACACUGAAUCUCAUCCGUCUCUCCUUCACAACUCCUCUCGUUCUCAAGAAGUGUCCAGUCGAGGAUGACUCCUCCUGAGACCUCCAGCCGCACAUGCCCGUUUCCAAGCUCAUGGCUGCCCGGGAAGACUCGACACUCUUGGGCUUCUCUCGUGCGGAGCUGCUCUCUCUAAAGCGGAUCCACUUCAGAAGAACAGCACACUCCUGCCACGUCUGAGUUGAUUUAGAUCUCAUCUGUCAGAGGCCACGUGCACACUCAGGACCUUCAGUUCAGAACUUCAGAGGAACUGUAGACAUACAUAAACUGAGAUGGAGCAGGAAAUAUCUAAAGUGCAGCGUAAGAUGUCUGAUCUGGAAUCAGUUCUGCAGCAGAAGGAUGUGGAGCUCAAGGCUUCAGAAACCCAAAGGACCGUCUUAGAACAAGACCUGGCCACUUACAUCACCGAGUGCACUAGUCUGAAGCGAAGUCUGGAGCAGGCUCGCAUGGAGGUCUCGCAAGAAGAUGACAAAGCUCUCCAGCUCCUGCACAACAUACGAGAACAGAGCAACAAACUGCAGGAAAUUAAAGAACAGGAGUACCACUCUCAGCUGGAGGAAAUGCGUGUGUCCAUUCGUCAGCUGGAGGAGAACCUGUCCGCCGCUCGUCGCCGUAGUGACCUGUAUGAAUCCGAGCUGAAGGAGUCCCGUCAGACCAGCGAGGAGCUCAAGCGGAAAGCUGCCGAAUACCAGCAGAAGAUCCAGAAGGCCAAAGAACAGGGCAAAGCUGAGACGGAAGAACUUCUGAGCAAGCUACAGAAGACCAAUGAAGAACAACAAUCAAAGAUGGAAGAACUCCAGGAGAAACUUGUCAAGGCUGUGAAGGCAAGUACAGAGGCCACUGAUCUCCUGCAGAACGUCCGUCAGGCUAAAGAACGCCUGGAGAGAGACCUGCAGCGACUGCAGACCAAAGAAGACUCGACAGACAGUCUACGCAGACGCUUGCGUGAGACUGAGGACGGUAAGAAGACUCUGGAGAACCAGGUGAAAAGGUUGGAGAUGGUAGAACGACGAGAGAGUAAACUGAAAGAAGAUAUUCAGACCAAGUCCCAGCAGAUCCAACAGAUGGCCGACAAAAUCAUGGAACUAGAAGAGAACCUGCGUGAAACACAGGCCACAGCGCAGCGCAUGGAGACACAACUGGAACAGAAGAAAAUGCUUUAUGAAGACAAGAUUAUGGUUUUGGAGAAUCAGAUGAAGGCUGAUUUGGCUGAGAAGGAACUGCUGGAGUCCAAACAGGACACGUAUGAAGAGGAAUCUCGAGAGAGUGGCAAAAUGAUCAGCGACCAGUCUGCGACCAUCAAUGCCAUGGAGUCGAAAAUGACCAAUCUGGAGCAGAGGAUCGCCGAGCUGUCCGAGGCGAACAAACUCGCCGCCAACAGCAGCAUUUACACACAGAAAAACAUGAAAGCUCAAGAGGAGAUGAUCUCUGAGCUCAGGCAGCAGAAGUUUUAUCUGGAAUCUCAGGCUGGUAAACUGGAGGCCCAGAAUGCAAAACUGGAGGAACAUCUGGAGAAGCUGACGCAGCAAGAACAGACCAACAAGAGCAGAGUUCAAGAGCUGGAGGCCAGAAUCAGAGAGAUGGGUCUUGAGCACGAGGAACAGAAGCUGGAGAUCAAGAGACAGGUGUCCGAGCUGACGCUGUCCCUUCAGGAGAGAGAAUCUCAGAUCAGCAGUCUGCAGGCGGCACGUCGCGUCCUCGAAACUCAACUGCAGCAGGCCAAGACUGAGCUGGAGGAGACCACCGCAGAGGCCGAGGAGGAGAUCACGGUGCUCCGGGCCCACCGGGAUGAAAUCCAGCGCAAGUUUGACGCCCUGAGAGACAGCUGUGCGGUGAUCACAGAUCUGGAGGAUCAGUUGACCCAGCUGACGCAGGAAAAUGCCGAGCUGAACCGCCAGAACUUCUACCUGUCCAAACAACUGGACGAGGCCACGGACGAGAGCGAGGAAAGAGACCAGCUCAAACAAGACGUGGAGCGUCUGCGCAGAGAGGUCGCAGACAGAGAAAUGCACCUCAACAACCAGAAGCAGAACAUAGAGACGCUGAAGACGACAUGUACGAUGUUAGAGGAGCAGGUGCUGGAGUUGGAGACACUGAAUGAUGAACUGCUGGAGAAAGAGAGACAGUGGGAGAACUGGAGAUCUGCUCUGGACGAAGAGAAGGAUCGGGCGGAACUCCGAGCCCGAGACUUACAGAGACAACUGGACAAUGAGAAACAGAACCGACUCCGUGCGGAGCAGAGGAACUCAGAGUCACGUCAGACAGUGGAACUGGCGGUGAAAGAACACAAAGCUGAAAUCUUGGUUCUGCAACAGGCUCUUAAAGAGCAGAAACUGAAAGCUGAAGGUCUUUCGGAUACACUGGGCGAUCUGGAGAAGAAACACACCAUGCUGGAGAUGAACGCCCGCAGUCUGCAACAGAAGCUGGAGACGGAGAGAGACCUCAAACAGAGACUCAUGGAUGAGCAAGCAAAACUCCAGCAGCAGUUGGACUUGCAGAAGAGUCACAUCUUCCGACUGACACAAGGUCUGCAGGACGCUCUGGACCAGACGGACCUUCUAAAGACCGAGAGAACCGACCUGGAGUAUCAGCUAGAAAACAUACAGGCGGCGUUCUCUCACGAGAAGGUCAAGAUGGAAGGAACCAUCACCCAACAGACCAAGCUCAUAGACUUUCUGCAGGCCAAGGUAGAGCACCCCUCUAAGAAGAAAAAGGGGAUCUUCGGCGGCCGGAGGCGGGAGGAACUGCUGGCGGCGCUCGCCGCUCAGGGGCAGACACAAGUGCCCGCUGUGCCCCCCGUGGUCCCUGUGCCAUUGCAAUACAGUGACCUGAAGGUGGCGCUGGAGAAGGAGCGAGCUCGCUGCUCGGAGCUGGAAGACGCCCUGCAGAAAACACGUCUGGAGCUCAGAGAGGUUCAGUUUAAAGCCCUGGAGCACGGCGGACCCCCGACCACACCGGCUCUGGCCCGCCAGCAGCUCAUGAUGUCCACCAAAUCCAACAAGUCUCCAGAUCAUCAGCCCGGCGGCCCUCUGAUGUCGUCCAGCUCCGGGCGCAGGAAGGACGUGGCCAAUCCUGAAGAAAUAAGGAGAGUCACCUCUGAAAAGUACACCAGACGCGUGAAGGACCGGAUUCAUCACAGCAACCCGCAUCGUUUCACGCAGGGUCUGAACAUGAGGGCGGCGCGCUGCACCGUCUGUCUGGACACGGUCCAUUUCGGUCGGCAGGCCGCUACCUGCAUCGAAUGCCACGCUCUGUGCCACCCCAAAUGUUCGCCGUACCUCCCGGCGGCCUGCGGCGUGCCCACGGAGUACGCCCUGCACCUGUCCGAGGCUCUGUGCCGGGAGAAGGGCAGCACGUCCGCAAUGAAAGAUGCCGGCGUACACAUGAGACUGGAGGGAUGGAUGAAACAGCUCAGAAACGGGAAGCGAGGUCAAGGCUGGGAGAGAAAGUAUGUCGUGCUGGACGCAUAUAAAGUGAUCACAUACGAGGCGGAACCAAGAGACGAGUCUGUGAAGGUGCUGGAUGAGUUCGAGUUGUGUUUAUCUGAUGGAGAGGUGACGGUUCACUCGGCUGUCGGAGCCUCUGAGGUUCCCAACACGGGGAAGUCAGAUGUGCCAUUCGUGCUGAAGUUGGAAUCAUUUCCGCAGUCGUCGUGUUGGCCCGGUCAGACUCUUUAUCUCCUGACCUCUGGUUUCUCUGAGAAGCAGCGCUGGGUGGCCGUGCUGGAGGCCAUCGUAGCGAGCAGUCGCGGGGCGAGAGAGAAGGCUGAAGCUGAUGCUAAAUUGUUGGGUAACUCUUUACUGAAGCUGGAAGGAGAUGACAGACUGGAUAUUAACUGCACACUUCCAUUGACCGACCAGAUCGUGUUGGUGGGCUCUGAGGAGGGUCUCUACGCUCUGAACGUGAUUAAAAACUCUCUUACUCACAUCCCGGGUCUGGGGUCUGUGUUCCAGAUCCACAUCGUCAAAGAACACGACAAGCUGCUGAUGAUCGUGGGUGAUGAGCGAGCGCUGUGUCUGGUGGAGAUAAAGAAGGUAAAACAGUCUCUGUCUCAGUCUCAUCUCCCCACACUGCCUGAGAUCGUACCGUACAUCUUUGAGACGGUGAAGGGUUGUCAUCUCUUCGCCGCCGGCAGGAUAGAAAAUGGGCCGUGCAUUUGUGCAGCGAUGCCCAAUAAAGUCACGAUUCUACGUUACAACGACAAUCUCAACAAAUUCUGCAUACGGAAGGAGAUCGAAACGCUGGAGCCGUGCAGCUGUAUCCACUUCACCAGCUACAGCAUCAUAAUUGGUACCAAUAAAUUCUAUGAGAUUGAGAUGAAGCAGUGUGUUCUGGAAGAAUUCUUGGACAAGAAUGACGUGUCGCUGACGUCGGCUGUGUUCAGCGGAUCGACCCACAGUUUCCCCAUCGCUAUCGUCCAGGUGUCCAGCACACCACAGAAGGAAGAAUAUCUGCUCUGCUUCCACGAGAUCGGGGUGUUUGUGGACGCGUACGGUCGAAGAAGUCGUCCCGAUGACCUGACGUGGUGUCGACUUCCUCUAACAUUCGCGUUCAGAGAACCGUAUCUGUUCGUCACUUACUUCAACUCACUGGAUGUUAUUGAGAUACAGGGACACGCCGCUCUCGGUCCUCCCGGCCUGGUUCACCUGGACAUUCCAAACCCACGAAACCUGGGCCCGGCCAUCUCAUCGGGUGCCAUUUAUCUGGCCUCGUCCUAUCAGAAUAAACUGAGGGUGAUCUGCUGUAAGGGCAGUCUGGUGCGAGAGUCCAGAGAGCUGCAGAGGACCGGCUCUAGCAGGAGUCUGACCUCCACAGCAGCCCGAACAAGCGCGGUCCCCCCACAUACAACGAGCACAUCUCCAAGCGUCUGGCCUCGGGUCCCGGGAGCCAGGAAGGGCCGCUGCACCGCGAGCCCAGCACCCCUCACCGCUACCGCGAGGGCCGCACGGAGUUCCGCAGGGACAAGUCUCCGGCCCGGCCUCUGGAGCGCGAGAAAUCGCCCGGUCGCGCCGUGCUGGACAGCCGCCGGGAGAGGUCGCCCGGGCGCUUCGAGAGCAGCGGGAGCGAGAGAGACCGCGAGCGCUCGCGUCUGCACACAAGCUCCGUGCGCACCCAGCUAACGCCCGUCAACAAGGUAUGGGACCAGUCUUCGGUUUGAGAACCCCCCGGGAGAGAAGACCUAAGAGCCAUCGUCCACUUCCCGCGUGGAUGGACGUGCCGUUUAACACACUGAACUAAAUCAUCUCAUGCCUGUAACCGUUUCAAGAGCCAUGUUUUCACCUGCAGCCCAAAUCUUGUAUGGAGGACACUUUGCUAACGUUGUAAACUUUGUCCAUGCUGUGAACAUCUGAUUGGAAAGGAAUACCGGAUGAGUUUGGGGGAAAGCCCUUAACGAAAUAUUGCAGGUUUAACACGAGGAACGUUUGAUCGACUUCAUUUGUGGCACCAUGUACCUAACCGCUGAAUUAUUUUGACGUUAUUUAUUUAUUUAAACACAACAGAAAUAGCCAAAAAUGUUCAAAAUAGCUAGAACAAAUGUUUUACUGUAUAUAAAGUGAUCCACCUAUAGAAUUCAAGUAAUAAAUGAAGACUCCAUUUUACAUGGUCAAGAGAAUAGUUGAAAAUGCGGAUAAUUGGUGCGCUCUUAUUAGUGUACUUAAAAUAAUAGUCAACACUACCAGUCAACAUUUCGGAUCACUUGACAAUGAAAACGUUUCUUGUGAUCUUAAAAAUCUUAUGAAAUUAACCUUUGUAGACAAAAAUAUAUGCCAACAUAUUAAGUUCUUUUCUUAGAAAAACUACAAAUACUUAAAAAGCUUCUCACGUUGAGACUUUAUGAAGCUGGAUGAUAAAAUGCCAAGUGCACGAUUUUGCAUAUAAGUUUAUUUUUUGAGAUGCUUUUAGUCACAACACAAUUCUCACAGUGUUAUUUCACGGUUUUGAUUGGGUUUACUAUCAUCUAAAAUGUGGUAAAAAGAACGAGUAGGCGAUCCAAAACUUUUGAGCAAAAGAAAUAACAAAAGUAACUUCAAACGUUGAAACAUACACCUCCAGAUUUAUAAAAGAUUUGAAAAGAAACAUUUUUGUCAAGUGAUACUAAACUUUUGCCGAGUAUAGAAUAUAUAUAAAAAACAUGGUAGGUGGAGGGGUGUAGUGAACAGCUUGUAUUAAACCCACAACCGACGAUCAGCACAUUAAUAUUGUAAAUAAGGUGAAAUCAGUUUUUAUAGCUUAAAGGAACUUGAGCGAUGAAGUCUAUUUUUAUGCUAUUAAACUGUUUGUAUAGACGGUUGAAAUGGGUUUCCUACAGAAAAGUACAGACGAGGUUUUAUGUCCAUAAGCUCUUGUGUUAAACAGUCGAUUUUGGCUGCUCAACUACAUUUUGUGCAAUUUUCUAUAUAAUCAAUUUCACAGGCAAACACCGAAACCUACUGCACAUUGUAUAUUUCUAUGCUAAUAGAGUUGAAGCUUUUUAAGGAGACGCGUCAUGUUCUCGCUAUCAAGUGUCCUUGUGAUGUUCAAGUGAACUUACUGUAUUUUGUUUCAAAUAACAACACAAAGCUUUUGUCGACAGCAGACGGUCUCUGUGUUGUUUAGUGUUGAGCUGUGACGCGAGAUCAGUGACCCUCAGGGUUUCUAGAACUUCGGUCUGAACUGAUCUGUUCAAUUAUGAGACGACAAAGGCUUGUUUGAAAUGAGUGACGAUAUCAAACGCAUGAGUAAAUUCUCGCUUGGUUUUGGGGACGUCUGUCACGUUAUAAUAAACUGAUAUUUGAUGUAUUUUUUUGUAAGGAAAUGAUGAAACUAUAUUAAACUCUAUUAAAGUAUGAGCCAUAAACUAUAUUUUGUGUUGAUUCCUUGUGUCAAA